UCUCGCUUCUCUCCCAAAAAAAAAAAGGAAAAAAAAGAUUUGGGAUCAUUUUGAUAGAAGCGACUCUAUUCCUCUCGCCGCCGAUUCGCAACUCGUCUUCGAGCUUUCUCCAUCGGGAUUUGGAUAAGGACUUGUUGAGAUUGGGCUGAGCUUAAAUCUGUUCUUUGCUCUCCCGAUUAGUAUUCAGGUGGGAUUAUAGCUCUCCAUGUGUUGUUGUGACUCUUAGCUGGCCGUGUUUUCGAGCUUAUAGGAAAAAAAUUCAUAACUUUGAGGUGGUAAUCAGUGAGAUCCUGUAAGAUGAAGAUAUCCUUGAAUUGCAUCUAUGGGUUUGUCGAUUGAUGUUCUAAUUCUCUUGCUACCUAAGGGUUUUGAUUCGGCCACCGGAUCUGCUGAAGUUAAACUUGUUCAGAAAUAUGGGUGAGACUCUCAUCACAACCCUGUCUAUGGAGAACUAUCACCCGUCGACACUUCUUUCCAUGGAUUCUGGUGCUUUUACUCACGAAGAAUCUGAGAGGGAGACAAACCGAUCCCUCAUACUUACCGGGCCGCCUGAUAUCAAUCUUCCUCUCUCAUCUGAAGCAAGUCCAUCUCUGCUUCUGUGGAACGAGCACUGUGAUAUCUUAGACGUUGGACUCGGCCCUCAGCUAUAUGAGCCUGAGGCUGUUGUUCAUGUGCCUAAGGUUGCCAAGAAGUACAACAAACGUGUUGAUAGUGCAUGGGGUGCUUGGCUUUUCUUCAGUUUCUACUUCAAACCUGUUUUGGAUGACAAGUCCAAAAGUAAGUUAACGAGGGACAGCAAUGGCUUGUCCGGUUACGAUAAAUCUGAUUUGCAGCUCGACUCCUUCUUGGUUCAGCAUGAUAUGGAGAAUAUGUACAUGUGGGUGUUCAAGGAAAAGCCUGAAAAUGCCCUUGGCAAGAUGCAGCUGCGCAGUUACAUGAACGGACACUCACGCGAGGGUGAGCGUCCUUUCCCUUUUAGUGUGGACAAAGGUUUUGUCCGCUCUCAUAGGAUGCAGAGGAAACAUUACCGUGGUCUCUCUAACCCACAGUGCCUCCAUGGAAUUGAAGUUGUUCAUUCACCCAAUCUUUCUGUACUCAACGAGGAUGAAAAGAAGAAGUGGACAGAACUCACAGGCCGAGACGUGAACUUUGCUAUUCCAGCUGAAGCUAGUGAUUACGGUUCAUGGAGGAAUCUCCCAGCCACUGAAUUUGAGGCUGAGCGUCCUCUUCCUAUGGCUAAAGCUAACGGGCACACCCACCUGAAAAAACUGAACGGUACCUGCCUGAACCUGUCAACACAUUCCCCAGACCAUGCAGUUGAUACAGUGGAAGUUCGACCAGCGUCUAGCAAUAAGCGCAAAAGGGAUUGUCUUGCUCUAGGGAACUGCGAUGACUCGAGCUCAAGUGAGAAAUCUCUGGACAUGAAAAUCCAUGCAAUGGAGCUGCCUUGGUCGAAUGAUUUCAGUGGGGUGAUGAAGAAUGUGUACGGUCCAGUCACAGCUGCGAAAACAAUAUAUGAAGACGACAAAGGGUUCUUAAUAGUUAUGAGCCUGCCAUUUGUUGAUUCGGGAAGAGUGAAAGUGACAUGGAGGAAUACACCAACACAUGGAAUAGUGAAGAUAUCAUGUGUAAGCACAGCAUGUGAGCCAUUCGUGAAGAGACAUGAUAGAACAUUUAAGCUAACAGAUCCGACACCAGAGCAUUGCCCACUGGGGGAAUUUGUCCGUGAAGUCUCUUUGCCGAACAGGAUUCCAGAUGACGCCAAGCUUGAAGCUUACCGGGAUGAAACCGGAACAACACUAGAGGUUUUAGUGCCCAAACACCGAAUGGGACCAGAAGAGCAUGAGGUUCGCGUAUGUCUCCGUCCGUUCGUGCUAGAGUGAGAUUGUAGUGCAUAAAUUCUUAAAAAGGAUUUUAUUGGUUCAUGUAUCAUUGGAUUAUUCAUAUUUAAUCAUAUUUCCCCCCCAUUUAUUGCGUUCUGUUAACAUAUCGGUUCCGAUUUAUUCGUAUACUUAAAUUUGUGGCAAGCCAUAUGACGAGGCACCAUUCAGUCUAAUGAUGGCUGAAUGACUAAAUUAGAAUUGUACAAUUGUACAUGUCUUUGUAACUUAAGAACUUUUUCUAUCUGGAUAUAAUAUUUAUCAUGGCAACUUUCCCACCUUCUUAUA